AUGGACGCGGCAUUGGCCCAUCACCUCCACCUGUGCUCCUACCACCUGCGCAUCUUCAGGAACUGUCUGAUCCAAGGACGAGACCCCGUCAAGGCCCUGCGCUACGGGUUCGAGGGCUGCUCGAUGGUGCCCUCCAUCUAUCCUCUGGAGACGUUACACAACUCCCUGUCGCUCAAGAAAGUCACUGAGUUCCUGAGUUUGGUUUGUGAGAACGCAGGAGACACACACAGCCGUGCGAGCAGAGCUCUGUCGGCCAUGUUCUCCGCUCAGCAGCUGUCUGUGGAGUCCUAUCUCCCUCAGAGAGUCCUACCCUCUGCCCUAAGACCCAGAGACCGGCCUCCCUGGUACAGCAGUGGACCCUCCAGCACCGUGUCCAGCGCUGGCCCCUCCUCCCCCACCGCUGACUCCUCCCCCAGGUUUAGCUUUAGCGACAAACUAACGCCUCAGAGCAGCGAGGACGCUAACCCCACGCCGCAAGCUAACGACCCACAAUGCACUACAGCCGCGUCAGACCUUCCUCUGGCUCCAAACAACUCACCACAAGACGACCACGAGAAGCCGAGCGAGCCGACGGAGGGGCUCCUGCUGUCCGACAGUCUCUGUGCAUCUCUCUCAGACCUGUCCCAGUCUCAGAUGGAGGCUUCAGAGCGGUCCCAGUCCCAGGUGGAGGCUUCAGAUCUGCCCCUGGCCCGUCUGGAGCCGUUCUCUCUCCCCGGGUCUCUGCCUGUGCUCCUGGAGCUGCGGGAGAGCAGCAGUGAAGCAGGAUCCAGCUCACAGACGCCUCAGUCCCCUGAAGCAGACGAGUUCUUCCACACAAGUGACUGCAUGUGGAGCCCAGAGCCAGAGAAUACGGAGACUACGGAGACUGCGGAGACCAGGGAGACUGCGGAGACCAGGGAGACUGCGGAGACCAGGGAGACUGCGGAGACCAGGGUGACUGCGGAGACCAGGGUGACUGCGGAGACCAGGGUGACUGCGGAGACCAGGGAGACUGCGGAGACCAGGGAGACUGCGGAGACCAGGGAGACUGCGGAGACCAGGGAGACUGCGGAGACCAGGGAGACUGCGGAGACCAGGGAGACUACAGAGACCAGGGAGCCAGACUUCACAGAGAACACUGAGACCACUGAGACCUAG